UGAACUUGUCUUGACCUCUUGACCCCUGAGCUCUGGCUGUGUCUCCCUCCUCACCCAGUGACAUGUGAGGGCGACACCAGGACCACACGACCCGUCUCCUGCCUCCAGGAGCCGGGGCAGCCGAGGGCUCCCGCACGGACCCGGUGUGGAGCAACCCGUUUUUGGUUUCCCCCAAACGGCUCCGGCCCGGGCCUCAGUCCGCGGUCUAGAGUUUGACAGCGGGCGGGUUGAGGCUGAAGCACGUCGGCGUGUAGCGGCCAUCCAGCCCCGGUGCCCCGGCCACCAUCAUGGGAGACAGCAGAGAUUCUCGCAGCCCGGACAGUUCAUCUGUGUCCUCCCCUCCAUCAGGCCAACGCUCGCCCCCACUGGUUCCCUCCGCUGCUUCCAUGACUUCCCUUCCUCCCAUCACCACCAGCGGAGUCAACAGCCCCAUCAGUAGCAUCGGCUCCCCCUUUUCUGUCAUCAGCUCUUCACUGGGCUCACCCUGCCUCCCCGGCACACCGUCGGUGGGCUACGGCCCCAUUAGCAGCCCGCAGAUCAACUCAACAGUGUCCAUGUCGGGGCUCCACGCAGUGAGCAGCUCUGAUGAUGUGAAACCUCCACUGGGCUUGCAGCCGCUGUCCCCCCACAGCCCUGGGCCGAUGCUUUCCCAGAAACGCCUUUGUGCCAUCUGUGGAGACAGAUCCUCUGGUAAGCACUAUGGCGUCUACAGUUGUGAGGGCUGCAAAGGCUUCUUCAAGCGAACAGUGCGCAAAGAUCUGACGUACACGUGUCGGGACAGUAAAGACUGUAUGGUGGAUAAGAGACAGAGGAACCGCUGCCAGUACUGCCGCUACCAGAAGUGCCUGGCUAUGGGCAUGAAGAGAGAAGUGGCCAAGAUGAACGACAGAUCUGUCCAAGAGGAACGGCAGAGGAACAAGGAACGAGAGGGCGAGGUGGAGUCGACGAGUGCAGUGAAUGAGGAGAUGCCUGUGGAGAAGAUUUUGGAGGCGGAGGUGGCUGUGGAGCAGAAGACCGAGCUUCAUGCAGAUGGCAGUUCAGGUGGCAGCUCUCCCAACGAUCCUGUCACCAACAUCUGUCAGGCAGCAGACAAGCAGCUUUUCACCCUGGUGGAGUGGGCCAAGAGGAUCCCUCACUUCUCUGAGCUGCAGCUGGACGACCAGGUCAUCCUGCUUCGUGCAGGCUGGAAUGAACUCUUGAUUGCAUCGUUCUCCCAUCGCUCCAUCUCAGUGAAGGACGGAAUCCUACUGGCCACCGGCCUUCACGUCCACAGGAACAGUGCUCACAGUGCUGGUGUAGGAGCGAUCUUUGACAGGGCGCACAAUGCUGAGGUUGGGGCCAUAUUUGACAGGGUUUUGACAGAGCUUGUAAGUAAGAUGAGAGACAUGCAAAUGGACAAGUCUGAGCUGGGCUGCCUUCGAGCCAUCAUCCUCUUCAACCCAGAUGCCAAGGGCUUGUCCAAUCCCAGUGAGGUGGAGCUCCUGAGGGAGCGGGUGUACGCAUCCCUCGAGUCUUACUGCAAACAGAAGUAUCCCGAUCAGCAGGGCAGGUUUGCAAAGCUCCUCCUCCGUCUCCCAGCACUGCGCUCCAUUGGUCUUAAGUGCCUGGAGCACCUGUUCUUCUUUAAACUGAUCGGUGACACGCCCAUCGACACCUUCCUGAUGGAGAUGCUGGAGGCGCCUCACCAGCUCACCUAGAGGAGCCAGGUUGGGUUCGGUCAGGAUCCAGUGCACACCAGGAGACCCAGCACGUUGCACCGUGUUGGGUCAUUGGCUCUUCUCAUUGAGCCUCACUUAACUGCAGCACCUGCUGGUUUAAACGUACCAGCUCUCACACUUACACACACACACGUAUUGCCCAUCAUCGGCUAAUUAUCUUCACACAUGCACAUGCAGGUCUUUACUUGCAUGCAUGAACUGACAGAAAAUAUAACAACUAAUAUACAGCUAAUGUGGCUCUGAAUGAAGAGAAUGCCAAAACACAAACAUACUCAAACACACACACACACAUUUUCACCAUCUUUUCUGUUACUGUUUUCCACCACAGGGGUUACCAUUCAAUGAAUUAAGCCCUUUUAUCAAACAGCUACAGCAAAUGUCUUAAUUUUAAUUUAGUCUUCAGUUUUCACAUCUUCAUCUCGCAGUUGGUUUUUGCUUCUGCGUAACUGGUAUAGCCUACUUCCCCUGUUUUGACUUGGGUUGCUUAGUUACACUGCUAGCUGCACCUCUGUAUGUUAUAUCCAUCACUAGCCGGUUAGUUAUUCAUGUAUGGUUUUUAGCUUGAAAUCAGGUGCAUAAUUUCAAUCAACUGUCCGCCAUCGAACCGAUUUACUUGUUAUUGGUCAGGAGGUGUCCUGUUACGCACAGGAAGACACACACUCUCAGUGAGUUAAUUCAAUCUCAGAAACAUUUUAAAUAUUUUAUGCUUUUCUUGAAUAUUCAUGCUGAAACUUGUUUGAGUUUCUAUUUUUGAAGUACUGUACUCAUGAAAUGAGAGCUUUUUCCAAGGCAUUGAAAUCCAGGAAAAGGGGGCGGGGAGCACUUAGUUGAGCAGACAAACUUAGUCCCUCCCACCCUGAUGCGCACAGCGGGCUUUGUAAGACAAGAAGAAUGACUUGAAUUAUUGUUUUUAGUUUUGAUUUUAUCCUUUUCUCUACUUUGGCAGUUGUUUGGCAUUUUAAACAGCUUGAGGCUCACAGGAAGUUCAGCUUCAUGCAAGACAGAAUGAGAGUAUUUGUUUCUCUUUUGUCUCCUGUUCCCCCCCCAGAGUCCUCCCUUUGCUGGUGGUCAUUGAUGCACUUUUGUGAGUUGUAACUGUGUAAAUGUUCCUGUUUCCAUCUUUUCUCAGACACCUAAGACGACCUUAAAGGUACUAUGUGUAGGGUUUUCUCAUUAUUGCAUCAUUUUCAAAUCAGACGUGAUUAUUUUUAUGACUUCUGAAAAAUAAUUGGCCACACCCUGCACCCGGUUGAACUUUUCAGACUCGAUAGGUUGCUCCAUCAACUGUCCAAUGGCCAUGGAAGAGAGAAAUGAUAUUCUCUACUCGCUGAACAAUUCUACCUGUUAUCAGUCGGCCUGUAUCUCACGUCUGGUGUUUGCUGCAUCUAACCCAGCAGUUAAAGUGUCCUUGUACAAGAUACUGGAGCUGUACGAGUUUUACAGGAGUUGCUUUACAUUUAACAUGCUGUGCUCUUUCCUCUCUGUGGUGGGAAAAGCUGAAUUUGUGUGCAACACUAAAAAACAGCAGCUGAAAUAAUCUGGCAGUUUCAGUAUUUAAUUUGCGAUGCAGUACUUCUGCAGCCCCGAAAGCCAGUGUUGGAAAGACAAAGAACCUUUUUAUAUGUGUUGUGUUACUGUAAUGCAAUAAUGAAAUGAAUUAGCGCUAUGUAAUGGAAAUCCUACACGUACUACCUGCAGCUUCGGAAACUUUAUUCAGUGUGUAUUGGCUCAGUGCUUGCGACUUUUGUACAGUAGAUGUAAAUAAUAAACAAAACAACACCACAGGAGUCCCGCAGAAACAAAGACCUGCUCACGCUCUCGAAGGUCGAUUAUCUGACUCCAACUGACAGAUUUACAAUCUUUAUUUUCUGCUGUCGAACCCACGUCCGGUGUGAUGACGUCACCAUGUAAUUGUUUUUGAGCCCAGGGCCAAACCACACCGUGCUGCUGCUUUUGCACCGACUGCUGCCGAUGUUUGCUGUUGCCCUCUUCAACUGAUUGGCUGGAUUUCAUUGACAAUGGCACUUGACAUUUAUUGUGAUAAAAAUUUUGUGGGCAACCGAAUGUGAGCAUUGCAGCGAGAAGUCAAACGCAGCUAACGCAUGGUCAGGAGAUACGAAGCAAACUAUGAAUCAACCCAUCUACACGUUAAGAUUCAUCAAAGGUUUUUGUUAGUGAAGUAUUUAAAAGACUGUUGACAUUCUGAGGUAUAUCUAGCCUUCUUAUUUGUCACCACAUUUAAUAGAAAUUAGAAACUUUUGCAGUAUCAUUCUACAGGGAAGAGGUGCAGCUGUCCUCUACCAGGUGCUAAAGAACUAAUAUGGUCUUUUAGUUUUAAGACUUGCACAUUUUCAUCAAUGCAAAACGGUAUGCAAGUACACAGACAAAUCAGACAGCCAUUGUCCACUCUUUUGUUAUUUUAUGACCCUGAACUUUAUUGCAGACUCCAAGCUAUGGAAAAUGAACACCAGCUAUGUGCUUGUACAUUUUGACUGUGGCUGAUGAGUGUUUGUCCUCUACCAGACACAGCCAAAGCCUUUUGUAUCUUAGAGAGCAGUUCGGUUGGUGGAGGCAAUGAAAGUGGCUGUUGAAUUGUUGGGCUUUAUCAGCUACUUUGACCAGAACGAGCAAUGAGCUUCCUGCCCUGCAGAUGGUCCAAAAACGUCUUCUCAGAGAGGAUACUCCCCCAUGUGAUGUGGACUUGGAGGCUGGCAGUUAGAUGACCUGUGAAACAGGUGGUUUUGUUUGACAUGUCAAAACGUUGGUCUAACCCUAAGAGUUUGGUGUUGUUUCAGUUUUUCUCCAUGUAAUGAGUUCAUGCUGCCAACUCAACAAAGUAUUCUCCAGAUGUCCACUCAUUUCCUACAUGCAGAGAAAGGUCAGGCCCUGGUUUGUCAGAGCUGCCGCUGCAUUUUAACGUUUCAAACUGGUUGCAAGCUAAUGAUCUGCCAGGCAUCUUCUACUGUCCCAGAUGUGGUCUCAGCACUUUAUGGCUUGAGUUGGUUCAGAUCAUACACGUUAUAUAAAGAUGGACGACACAGCUCCACCUCCUCCCACUAUUCAGAAAUAGAAAUGAAUGCUGUCAUCCUGUGGCGGUGACGUCAUUCGGAGUCACACCGAUCAGGAGUGAGUCAGUCUCAGCAGUCGAUCUUGAAUUUUCAAGAAUUAAAGUAAUUAAAAUCAAACUUAUUUGUAUAUGUAAGCACAGUACCACACUCGCAAAGACUGCAAAUAAAGAUGGGCGACGCGUCUCCACUUCUUUCCACUGUCUAGAAAUGAAGCCCAAAUAUCCCUCAUAUGAACGCUGCCAUCUUGGAGCUGGAGUCUGCGCAGUAGCGAUCGGGGGAUUGAGCCGCUCUGUCAAGGUCACGUCAAAACACGUGCUUGACCAGUCUCGGCUGUCAAUCAUGCAGUCUCAGCUGUUUUGUGAUUGAAACCAAACUGAUCAGAAACAUGUGAACAUACAUCAAUGUGAUGUAAACUACAUAAAAUGAGAGAAACCAUCUUUGAAAAAACAACAAUUAAUGUGUAUUUUGGAGGAUGCUGGGUUUAUGACCUAUGCUGAAACUAGCCACCAGGGGGCGAUCGAGACACUUUGGCUUCACUUUUUUGAAGCCAUCAUGUCGAUCUUUAUUUGCAGCCUCUUGUUCAGCCGAACUUUAACUGGCACAGACUUCGUGAUCUGGAUUCGAGCUCAUCUACGCUCUGAGAAAUUUGCUGUGGGAUGAAGUGCUCGUCUUUAAGAGAGGAGGCCGACUUUAAAUAAUCUCAUCUUUAGUUUGUUUGACGUCUCAGUGACUAUCUCUGCAGGGCUUUUCUCUUGGAGUUUCCUCUGUUGAAUGUUUGAGCCUGCUGCUACUGCGUCGUGUUUAUUCCUGGGGGAUGGGAAUGAUUACGCUUACCAGUCGAGUGCUGGAGCAUCUGCUAGUUGACUAUAAAAGACUAGUCGCUACACAUCUGACUGAGUAAAUGCCAUCUUUGUGGAUAAUCCAUCAAAAAGUAAAAAUAUGCAACUUGUAUAUUUGUCUCGUGGUAACUAGGUUAAGCAGUUGUCAUGCAAUGUGUGCAUUGUGUUUCUGGCAUUUGUGAAUUCAGCUUCGUCUUUGCUACAUGAGCUCACAUUGAUUGGCAGUGAAAUUAUUGAGAAUUCUCAUCCCUCCGUGUUGAAGCAGUGCAUUUGAGUUUUGCUACGUCUUUUCUAUAUUUCUCUAUAUUUUGCUAUGAGCUUAGGUCAUUUGGAGAAAGGUAAACAUACAGUAAAAAGAUGAAGCUAGUGGUUGGGAACUUUUUUAGCAUUUGUACGGGGUAUGUGUGGCCACAUGUGUACGCUGUCAUGCACAUGUGUAUGGAAUCUGUCUGCAGCUACGCCUUUUUUGACCGGCAGAUACUGUAGCUUUGGCUGUGAUGUGCUGGCAGCCGGUGAAACUGAUUUGUUGGGCAGAAAUGAUGAAAGGAUGCACAGAGGAGAAGGAGCCAGGCUGGAGGGAUGAGUAACUGUUGACCUGAUCAAAACAACCCAGCCUCCUCCUUUCCUUCACUUUGUCCACUGCUUUACUUUAAACGCUUCUUCACGCAGUAUUACUGGCUUUGCAUUGGAAUGGACUUGUAAAAUUAAACUAUGAUUCUUGGACUGUUUGACGAGGAUGUGAAGCUUUUAAGUGGAAUAAGCGUGGGAGAGCUGUGAGGAAGGGAUUCAGUGCCGUGUGUCCCUCUUUGCUUUACUUUACUUGACGGCAGAGCAGCGACGAUCUGCGGUCGCCGUGGGAAACCGCCGGAUCGCACCGCGCCGCCCACAAAAUGUUUGUCGUUGCAACCGUGUGCACUCAAGGCAGACGCAUGCUGUGACCUUUUGACUGUGUAGCAGUAUUGUUGUCGCCAUCUUUGUUACAUUUUGAAAUUACUCACUUUUUUUGAAAAUAAAGACAUGAAUUAAAUAUGCUUUUUUUUAAAUGGAUUGCAGGCUGUGACUAAAGACUUGAUCAUCGUGUAUAGAUUAGAUAUCAUGGUGGCGUUUUCACCUAUUGACACAGGCCCCCUGGAGCCGAGGCAGAUUCCCAUUAAGGUCAAUGAGGUGCAGUGUGCAGCCUUGAAACCACCACCCUCACUGGUUUGUUUAUCACUGCCAAGCUGUUUGUGGAUGUGGCUGUUUCAGAUGCAGGCCACUCAGUCCCCACUGCUUGUUUUGUCAUGUAUGUUGUGAUUAUUGUGCAGCGCGCUAAACAGUGCGCCACCCUUGGCCUGUGUAGUGCAUACUAAAAAGGGGCCCUAAUAAGAAAGGAAUGACAGCUCGUGUGGAGAGGGGAGGUCACAGGAGGGAGGAGGAGACCAGGGUUUGGCCCUCUCUGGGUGCUCAAGCUGUGCAUUGGUGCUUUUUGCAGGGCCCCCCAGCCUGAAAACGUCUAGUUACCAAGACACAGGGACAUAGUUUUAUGAGUGAAACGCAAAUAAGGAAGGAUUUCAUCCCAAAUCUGCUCGUCUUCAGUUGGAUUUUCUGCACGAGCAACCUGACGUGUGUUUUCUGUGGCUGCUUCGGAUUGUGAGGAAGAAGUUGUGGCUCUGGUUGUUUGAAGCCCAGCAGCAUCCACAGGUGUGGUCUGCAGGCAACACCUUCAAAACCUGUUGGUUUUUAAGGUUUGAGGAGUCGUGAAGGGAAGUAGAGAGAGAGACUGAGGGAAGGAAAGAAGGGCAGGGACUCAGAGAACUCGGAUCAUUUGUCGACUGAAGUCAAACGGGAAAGAAUUCAACUUUCCAGUAGAUCUAGAAUCUUCCUUAAUUGUUUACUCUUCAUCUUUGAAAUCCACACAGUUUCUUUGUCUUGUUUCCUGUCUCCCUCUUCUCCAACUACGCUCUAAUCUUUUGUUUAUUACAAAGUAUUAAACAAAUACGAGAAGUGAUGAAUCAGAAUGGAAUCUGUCACUGUUAUUUUUUUAUUUUUCUCUCUUUCUCUUGUCUGUUCUUUGUCCUGUUUGUAUCCUACUCCCUCAUACAUGUGGAGCUGAUUGACUAUUGUGUGCUUUGGGGAUUGAAAGAGAAAAAAAAAAAUCUGAAUAAUUUUUUCAGUCAUUAAUUCUGAAUCUUGUUUCUGUUUGUUGUAUCAUGUCUGAGUAAAGGUUUUAAUACUGUA